UGUCACAGCUUUCUGUCAAGGUAACAUUAGGCAGAACAAGUUUAAUCCUGAUCCUCAUCAGAAGAUACUCGUCUUGACUAAAAUCUCCAGAGUUUGAAUGACACUGUGGCUCAUUCAGUCGUCCUUCUUUGUUAAAUGAGUUUUUCCCGAAACGUAAUAUUUAAAAGGUUAUCUUCAGCAUGUUUUAGAUUAGAACACGGGAACACGUGAAGCUUAUGUCUUACUUUUUUUUUAAUUAUCGAGCUGGUUGCAAAAAAGGCCAACAAUGGCUAAAUAACGCCAGCUGCACCGCCACAAAAAGUGAUUAUUAGCGCCGCUUCAGCUAAUUUAAAUAAAUUAUAUCCGGAGGUGGGUUGAUCGGCGCUUCAAAAUAAAAGCGCCAGACCAGCCGUCGGCCAGAGUUCACAGGAGUACCCAGCAGGUGUCUCUUAUUUGAUGGAGACUGGCCGGAAGUGGUUGCUGCGCGUGCCGGCAGCUUCCCCUCUACUCGCCUCCCGGAUCCUCACUGUUGAAGGUGGGAGUUUUGUUGCGCGCUGCAGUCAGUGGAUGUUUUCCCAGUCACCUCGGAGGACUGGGAGAAUUGGACUUUUGUGGAUUUUCAGAAGAUUUCCGACUUAUUUCCGAGUCGACCUCCCUCCAAGCCCCCCAGCAUAGUCAGCCGACCGAUGGGCAGCAUGAAGAAUCCGCUGUACUGGGCUGUGCUGAUCGGAAUGACCAUCCUGUUGAUGGAGCAAGGGUCUCCGGUCUACAGCCAGGGGGAUUCUCAGUCCGACAACAAAGUGAUGGACAACAUCACUGUCCGACAAGGAGAGACGGUCUUCCUCAGGUGUGAACAGGGAGAUGUUGUGACACACACAGCGUGGCUGAACCGCUCCAGUAUACUUUAUGCCGGAGAAGACAAAUGGUCAGUUGAUCCCAGAGUGAGUCUGGUGAACCUUAACCAGGAGGAGUUUACCAUUAAGAUUGAAAAUGUGGACAUGACGGAUGAAGGACAGUAUGUGUGCGCAGUCCAGACAAGCAGUCGGCCGAGAACAACCUCAGUACAUGUUCUUGUCCAAGUGCCUCCAAAAAUCAUCAACUUUUCGAGGGAUAUUGUGGUAAAUGAGGGAUCUAAUGUUACCCUGAUGUGUCAAGCCAACGGUAAACCAGAGCCGUCCAUCAGCUGGAAAUUUAUCUCCAAUUCAGGGGACCUGGCUUCAGAUGAUGAGCUGCUGGAAAUCUCAUCCAUCUCCAGACAGAAAGCAGGGGUUUACGAAUGCACGGCUGUCAAUGACAUCGACACAGACGUUCAGACUGUAGACAUCACUGUCAACUAUCCUCCGAGCGUGUCAGAGGGCAGAGAUGCUGGAGUGACACUGGGCCAGAGAGGAGUGCUGGAGUGUGAGGCUGACGCAGUGCCAGAGGCAGAUUUCGAGUGGUAUAAAGACAACAGAAGGAUCUUUAAUGGCUUUGAUGGCAUGGAGAUCAUCAACCUGGGAUCCCUGUCAAAGCUGACCUUUCAUAACGUGUCUGAUGGUGAUUACGGGAACUACACAUGUGUUGCCAUCAACAAACUUGGCAGUUCAAACACAAACUUCCUUUUGUAUGUUCAGGACGGCAGUGGCGGUGUGAAGACAGCGCACUUUCACACCUGUCUCCUCUUCAUAGCAUUUUUGCCCUUCCUGCUACGCUUUUGAAGAGAAUUGGAUUUGAAAACAAUUGGUUUGUUUGCAAGCGUGCACGGGUGAGUGGGUGCGUGCGUGCGUGCGUGUGUAGGUGUGUGUGUGUGUGUGUGCAUUUUGUUCCUCCCACAGAAACAUAAACUGAUGCACAAUGAAGUAUCUUGUGAAGCACUGAUUUUGACCUUCUUAAGUUUUGGUUGUCUUUCUUUCCUCUUUCAACUGAAGAUUUUCAAUAUUUUUGUCUAAAUUAUAUUAAAAAACAAUGUGUUACUUCCUUUGACAUUUAAAAAAGUAACCUGUUAUUUAAAUGUCUUUAUCUUAUUGCAAUGGUUCUUUUAUUUUUAAUCACAUUGAAUAUUAAUCUCAGCUGCAGCAAAAUGCAAAUUUUCAGCUAGUAUGAGAGGUGAAUGCUAAAUACCUCAAAGUCAAAGUGAGAGAGUGGAGCAGGAGCAAUGGAGGUUACAUGAAGACAUUAUCAUUUUUGUAAUGUAUAUUAUUAUCAUUCACUCUGCUUUGGAAGCAGAACUGUUUUUGACUUUAAAAUAUUGUUUUUUUCUUCUCAGCGUUGUAAUAUUAUUAUAAUAUAUUGAAGUUGUGUAAUGCUAACUUUAUUUUAAUUUUCCAAGCCUAUUUAGUCCUGAAUAUGUUGAGAACAGAAGAGAUAAAAAUUGUAAUUAUUUACAAAUAUAUCAGAUUAUCUGUCUUUGUUGUCUAUGUUUUUUUUCCUUUUCCAAUAUAACCUGUACACAAAAGUGUUAAGUAUAUUCAUAAUAGUAUUAAGUAUUUAGAAAUGGUGACAGAGUAUUAUUUCAUUUUUGUAAAUUUAUGAAUGCUUCUUGUUUUACCUCAUGCCAUUUAUACAUAACAUAAUUAUUUGGAAAAAAAUAAAUUAAAUAAAGUGGACCUGCUCACGUUCAUAAAAAAAGAAAAAA